AUGGAUUCUACAGCACGGCUGACCAGCGUUUUGACUUUGCUGUUCUCUGGCUUGUGGCAAUUAGGAUUAACAGCGACCAACUACAACUGUGAUGACCCGUUAGCAUCUCUUCUCUCUCCAAUGGCUUUCUCCAGCUCCUCAGAUCUCACUGGUACUCCAAUCUCAGCUCAACUCAACUGGAGGGUUGGAACUGGUGGUUGGUCCCCAGCAGAUUCAAGUGCCCAACAGUGGCUCCAGAUGGACCUGGGGAACAGAGUGGAGAUAACAGCAGUGGCCACACAGGGAAGAUAUGGAAGCUCUGACUGGGUGACAAGUUACAGCCUGAUGUUCAGCGACACAGGGCGCAACUGGAAACAGUACAAGCAAGAAGACAGCAUCUGGACCUUUGCUGGAAACAUGAAUGCUGACAGUGUGGUGCACCAUAAGCUACUUCAUUCUGUGAGAGCCCGAUUUAUCCGCUUUGUGCCCUUGGAGUGGAAUCCCAGUGGGAAGAUUGGCAUGAGGGUGGAGGUCUAUGGAUGCUCCUACAAAUCAGAUGUUGCCGACUUUGAUGGUCGCAGCUCGCUGCUCUACAGGUUCAAUCAGAAGCUGAUGAGUACCCUCAAAGAUGUAAUAUCCUUGAAAUUCAAGAGCAUGCAAGGUGAUGGAGUCCUGUUCCAUGGGGAAGGACAACGGGGAGACCACAUAACCCUGGAGCUACAGAAUGGGAGACUUGCCCUGUACCUCAACUUGGAUGACAGCAAAGCCCGGCUGAGCAGCAGCCCACCCUUAGCCACUUUGGGCAGCCUGCUGGAUGACCAACACUGGCAUUCAGUCCUCAUUGAGCGAGUGGGAAAACAGGUGAACUUCACUGUGGACAAACACACAGAGCACUUCCGGACCAAGGGUGAAGCUGAUGCACUGGACAUUGACUAUGAGCUUAGUUUUGGAGGAAUUCCAGUACCAGGAAAACCUGGGACCUUUUUAAAGAAAAACUUCCAUGGAUGCAUAGAAAAUCUUUACUACAAUGGCAUCAACAUAAUUGACCUGGCUAAAAGACGAAAGCAUCAAAUCUAUACAGGCAAUGUCACUUUUUCCUGCUCUGAACCACAAAUUGUUCCCAUCACAUUUGUCAACUCCAGCAGCAGUUAUUUGCUGCUGCCCGGAACCCCCCAAAUUGAUGGGCUCUCAGUGAGUUUCCAGUUUCGAACAUGGAACAAGGAUGGUCUGCUUCUGUCCACAGAGCUGUCUGAAGGCUCGGGAACCCUGCUGCUGAGCCUGGAGGGUGGCAUCCUGAGACUGGCGAUUCAGAAAACGACACAACACGUAGCUGAAAUUCUCACAGGCAGCAGCUUGAAUGAUGGUUUAUGGCAUUCAGUUAGCAUCAACGCCAGAAGGAGCCGCAUUACUCUCACUCUGGAUAAUGAUUCAGCAUCCCCAGCUCAGGACACCGCCCGGGUGCAGAUUUAUUCUGGAAAUAGCUACUACUUUGGAGGGUGUCCCGACAAUCUCACCGAUUCCCAGUGUUUAAAUCCCAUUAAGGCUUUCCAAGGCUGCAUGAGGCUCAUCUUUAUUGAUAACCAGCCCAAGGAUCUCAUUUCAGUUCAGCAAGGUUCCCUGGGGAAUUUUAGUGAUUUACACAUUGAUCUGUGUAGCAUCAAAGACAGGUGUUUGCCAAACUACUGUGAACACGGAGGACGCUGCUCCCAGUCCUGGACCACCUUCUACUGCAACUGUUCUGACACUGGUUACACUGGUGGCACUUGCCAUGACUCCAUCUAUGAGCAAUCCUGUGAGGUAUACAGGCACCAAGGGAACACGGCUGGCUUCUUCUAUGUAGACCCUGAUGGUACUGGGCCCCUUGGACCUCUCCAAGUGUACUGCAAUAUCACUGAGGACAAGAUCUGGAUGUCAGUGCAGCACAACAACACAGAGUUGACUCGUGUGCAGGGCUCCAGCCCUGAGAAGCCCUAUACCAUGACUUUGGACUAUGGUGGAAGCAUGGAGCAGCUUGAGGCCCUGAUUGAUGGCUCUGAGCACUGUGAACAGGAGGUUGCCUACCAUUGCAGAAGAUCCCGCUUACUCAACACACCGGAUGGAACACCAUUUACCUGGUGGAUUGGAAGGGCCAAUGAAAGACACCCUUACUGGGGAGGUUCUCUUCCUGGGGUUCAGCAGUGUGAAUGUGGCCUGGAGGAGAACUGCCUGGACUUUGGACAUUUUUGCAAUUGUGAUGCAGACAAGGAUGAAUGGACAAGUGAUACUGGCUUUCUUUCAUUCAAAGACCACUUGCCUGUCACUCAGAUUGUCAUCACUGAUACCAACAGAUCAAAUUCAGAAGCUGCUUGGAGAAUUGGUCCCUUACGUUGCUAUGGUGACCGACACUUCUGGAAUGCUGUCUCAUUUUACACUGAAGCCUCUUAUCUCCACUUUCCUACCUUCCAUGCGGAGUUCAGUGCUGAUAUUUCCUUCUUUUUUAAAACCACUGCUUUAUCAGGAGUUUUUCUAGAAAACCUUGGCAUGAAAGACUUCAUCAGACUUGAAAUGAGCUCUCCUUCUGAGAUCAUGUUUGCCAUAGAUGUUGGGAAUGGUCCUGUAGAACUCAUCGUCCAGUCUCCUUCUCUUCUUAAUGACAACCAGUGGCACUACAUCCGAGCUGAGAGGAAUCUCAAGGAAACCUCACUGCAGGUGGACAGCCUUCCACGGAGCACCAGGCAGACUUCAGAGGACGGGCACUUCCGAUUGCAACUGAACAGCCAGUUGUUUGUAGGGGGAACAUCAUCAAGACAGAAAGGCUUUGUUGGGUGCAUUCGCUCCUUGCAUUUGAAUGGUCAGAAGCUGGACCUGGAGGAGAGAGCUAAAGUCACAUCUGGAGUCAGGCCAGGCUGCCCAGGGCACUGCAGCAGCUACGGCAGCAACUGCCACAAUGGGGGUAAAUGUGUGGAGAAACACAGUGGCUACUCCUGUGACUGUACCAACUCCCCCUAUGAAGGGCCCUUCUGUCAGAAAGAGGUUUCUGCAGUGUUUGAGGCCAGUGCAUCCAUUACUUACAUGUUUCAGGAGCCCUACCCUGUGACCAAGAACAUGAGCCUCUCAUCUUCGUCUAUUUACACAGAUGUGACUCCAUCCAAGGAGAUCAUUGCACUCAGCUUUGUGACUGCUCAGGCCCCUAGCCUCUUACUCUUUAUCAAUUCCUCUUCUCAGGACUUCCUGGCUCUUUAUAUCUGCAAAAAUGGAAGUUUACAGGUUCGCUAUCAGCUAGGCAAAGAAGAAUCCUAUGUAUUCACCAUCGAUGCGGAGAACUUUGCCAACAGAAGAAUGCAUCAUGUGAAGAUCAGCCGGGAGGGUAGAGAGCUUACUAUUCAGAUGGACCAGCAAUUUCGACUCAGUUACAACUUCUCCCCUGAAGCUGAAUUCAGGCCAGUAAGGUCACUUACCCUGGGUAAAAUCACAGAGAAUGUUGGACUGGAUUCUGAAAUUGCUAAAGCGAAUACCCUGGGUUUUGUUGGAUGCCUUUCUUCAGUUCAAUACAAUCACAUAGCACCAUUAAAGGCAGCCCUGCGGCAUACCACCAUAGCACCCGUGACUGUGCAGGGGACCUUGACAGAAUCCAGCUGUGGUGCCAUGGUGGACUCAGAUGUGAACGCAGUGACCACUGUGCACUCCUCCUCAGAUCCCUUUGGGAAGACAGAUGAGCGGGAACCACUCACCAAUGCAGUUCGAAGUGACUCAGCAGUCAUUGGAGGUGUCAUUGCUGUGGUGAUAUUCAUCACCUUCUGCAUCAUAGGCAUCAUGACACGCUUCCUUUACCAACAGAAGCAGACACAUCGCACCAACCAGAUGAAGGAGAAGGAAUACCCAGAUAAUUUGGACAGUUCCUUUAGAAAUGAUAUUGACUUGCAAAACACAGUGAGCGAGUGUAAACGAGAAUAUUUCAUAUGA